AUGCAUGACCAGUUUCGAACAAGGCAGCAGAAUUUAGGGGCAUCAACACCCUCCGAAGCUUUACAAGUUGAUGGCAGCACCCCUUCACCAUCACUCAAUCACACGCAAAUACCAAAGAAUGCGGCUAAUACUGUGGACAACACCACCAAUAACAAUAUUGACAACACUCCCAUCGACCUCACAAAUAAUACUUCUGGUAAUACACGUCAAAAAAGAACAUCGCUAGCUUGUAUACGAUGUCGCACCAGACACAUUAGAUGUCCUGGUGGAGAACCAUGCAAAAAGUGUCAUUUAGCACGCACAAAAUGUGAAUAUGUUGAAGCAGAUAAGAAGAUUGUGGUAUCAAUGAAAUAUCUUUCAAAGCUACACGAUGAUAUAGCACGUUUGAAGAAGGAAAACGCCGCCAUGAGAAUCGAUUUGAAAGAAUUGGAACAUAUGAAAUACCAAACUGGAAGGCAAGCUAGUACAUUUCAACAUACAACUAAUCACCCACUCAAUCCAAUACAUGCCGCUGGUAAGAUCCAUGGUAACAAAUCAUCAAUACCAAUAUCGAAUUCUGGUUUGGGUUUGAGUUCUACUUCGGGUUCGAGUUUAAGUUUGGGCAAUAACGUUGAGGUGAUUAACCCAUCGUUGGAUAAGCAUGGAAGGCUUAUUCUGUCAAGAACAGGGGAAAAGGUGUACGUUGGGUCAUCAUCAAUGACCUUAUUUGGAUUAGAAAUCCAAAAUAUGGUGCCAUCAUUUUCUUCAGGUUCAUCAUUACCAGAUAAUUUCAGGGAGAGCAACAGAAAUGAAGUUGGAAAUGGAGGCGGAAAUGUAGGUGGAAAUGGAGGCGGAAGCAGGGUCGGAGCUGGAGUUGGAGUUGGAGAUAGAGAAGGGGAAGGUGAAAAAAGUGAAAAUCAACGUGAAAGUGAAAGUGAAAGUAAAAAUAAAAAUAUAAAUAAAAAUGAAGGAGAGUCCGAUACUGUUGAUGGUUAUUUAAAAACUGCUGAUGAGAACUCCUUACACUCGGCUACUUUGUUAAGAAAUGAUUCUGUCACUUCACUGCACCUAUCGCCCAAAUCAACAAUGCCUUCGAGGAAAAGCAAGAUUUUGGAAUCGGAAGGAAAUGCUUACAAAAUUACAUUGCUGAAAACAAAUACAAGGCCAGGUUUAAAUAUCAACUUUUCCCUUCCUUCUUAUUCAUAUGCCAUGCUCUUGGUAGACACUUUUAUUAACUAUAAUGAUGGGUGCUUCUAUUUUUUCAAUGAAGGACUCGUAAAGAAAUUUUUGACAAACAUAUAUUCAGGAAAGAUGGAAGAGAACAGAAAGAUUUUGAGAAGGAAUGAGACCCCUGACCCGGAUUUAAGCUCGGAGGAUAAUUGCAUCAAAAAAGAUGCCGACGAUGACACAAUCUUGGAAACCAUUUGGUUUUGUAAAAUCUUGCUUAUAUUCUCCGUAGGUGAAAUGUACUUGGGUACUGAAUCUGACACACACGUUAAACGGCAAAAACAGGAACUCAAAAAGCGUGCAAAAAAUAAAACUGAAAAACAUACAUUACCUGGAGCAGGCUUUUUCUUUCAAGCGUCGGAAUUGUUCACUGGAUUGUUCGCAUCGGGGGCUAUUGACAAUAUUACCAAAGAUGGAGGUAUUGAAGCCAUGCUAUUGUAUGCAUUCUAUUUGCAAGUAGCAGACUGUACCAUCGCCUCCUACUUUUAUUUUGGGUUGGCGCUUCGUGCGGCAUUGAUAUUGGGGUGGCAUGUUGAUGCUGAUCAGGAAAACAUUGACCGGUUUGAACUUGAGCAUAGAAGAAGAAUUUGGUGGACGGUGUAUAUGUAUGAGCGAAUGCUUUCAUCCAAAGCUGGGUUACCUUUAAGUUUUGCGGAUGACUCUGUGUCGACUGAAUUGCCUGCUGAUUUCAAACAUGAUUUAACAGAUUGGCCACGAAAUGAAAGUGAUGUAAGAGGAUAUUACAUUUUCCCCAGAGCAGAUUACAUCAACAAUUGUGUAACAAUUACUCAGAUCAAUGCUUUGAUCUUGUCAUCAUUAUACACAAAACAGCCAAGUUUUAAUAUCCUUCCCAUAGUGUCUGACUUGGUGCAAAAGUUAAUCUCGUGGAAAACUGCACUACCUGAGUACUUGGACGUUGACUAUUCGGUUGAUGAACCCAAGAUUUCCAGAUUGAUUGUCAAUUUGAUGACUGAGUAUUUCCAAGGUAUCAACUUGGCAGUACGGCCCUUGCUAUUUUAUUUUGCAAGCAAAAAGUUCAAGGAACUCCAAGAAACACAGGAUCAGGAAAACAAGUAUAUUGACUUGACAAAGUAUUCUAAAAAUGUGUUGAGCUUGUUGAAUGCUUCGUUCCAAGCCUCAAUCAAUACAGUCAAGAGCAUUUGGUCACUUUUGCCCGAGAAUAUGGUGGCCUUGUUUGGUUGGAUGGAUCGUGAGUAUCUCUUUACCUCUGCCUCAACACUUAUAUUGUUCAAUGCAUCAUUUGGAGUACAUGAAGCAACAAAGAACCACCUCGAUCAUGCACUUGUCUUGUUCACCAAAAUGAAGCGCUUAGGUAAUUAUCCUGCUGCAUUGAGACGAGCACAACUUUUGAAGCUUAUUCGUGUACUAGAUUUUAAUGGUGUCAUGGCUGAUAUUUUGGAGAAACAUGAUGACGACUUUAAAGCAUAUAACGAUGGUAUUAGUAGUAGUAGUAGAGGUAGUGUUAGUGGCGGAUGUGGCGAUCAUGUUGGUGGUAAUGGUGGUGAUGGGAUCAAGGGCAAAAGUCAUGCUGUCGAUUUCUCUUCUGAAUCUCAAGAGGAUGUUACGAUGCUGAAACCUGAACAUGACCAUACACCGCCAAAUGAUCUCGAUUUUUUGCAAUUUGCCAGUGGCUUUCAAAACACCAGCUCUGAAGCAUAUGCAGAUUUGGAUUUGGAUUUAGAAGGAUUUGAAGACCUUCCUAACCUUGAUGAAGAACAAAAAUUGUGGAAAGAAAUUACCAAUGAGGCAGGAUGGUUGCAUGUGCAUUCAACCGAACAACCUGACUCUCAGCAUCACUAUCAUUAUGCUGAUGUUUUUAAUGAAUUUGCUUACAAUAACACCAAUCUUAACAACAACAGCAACAACAACAACAGCAACAGCAACAACAGCAACAACAACAAAAAAAAGCAAUGA